CAGCCAGAGUUUUUGGUGCAAGAUUGGGCGCUAAGGAUUUUGCGAGAUGCCAAGGUGGGGCCAGACGCACGUGCUUUCGUGUCUUACCUGAGCGCCUCAAGCGCACCUCCGUGAGUCAACAUUCGAGCCAACUACUGCCUCUACACUUUUAUUGCAUUCUCUUGGUAGCUCUAUGACUGCUGUAAUCGGUAAUUUGCUUUGGGGCUGUCGCGAAGCGUCGAGCAACGUCGUAGAAGAUCGUCGAACGAUCGCGGAGCUUCGAGCUCAAGCAGCGUCCGCGCGCCAUGGAUUAAGAAUAUAAUCAUGCAUCUUCGCUCCAUCUCUCCAUUCACGACUUUCCGUACUGCUGCAUAGACUAUUGCACAUCAUCAUGCUGACCAGCAGAGCGCGUGUCGCCGCAAGGCGCAUGACAUCCAUCCCUCGACCUGCCAUCCGCCCUUCGCCACUAUGUUGUUCACCGGCGACGCGAUUAACACAGCUAUCCAACAUACCCCGAUCGAUUGGUGCAACCAGAGCAUAUGCAAGCGGCCGGCCGCAUCCUCCAGGUGGGACUCAUCGCAUGAAUCUAAGUCCCGACCCCGAAAAGGCUGCACUUGAGGAAUUUGGCGUCGACCUCACAGAACGAGCGCGGAACGGAAAGCUUGACCCAGUCAUCGGCAGAGACAGCGAAAUUCAACGGACGAUACAGAUCCUCUCGAGACGAACAAAAAACAAUCCUGUUGUAAUCGGACAAGCUGGCACAGGCAAGACAGCUAUCAUGGAAGGGCUGGCGCAACGCAUCGUCAAGGGCGACGUACCUGAGUCAAUCAAGAACAAGCGCGUUAUAAGCCUCGAUCUUGGUUCUCUGAUUGCCGGCGCAAAGUUCCGUGGUGAUUUUGAAGAACGUUUGAAGAGGGUCUUGAAGGAGGUUGAAGAAGCGCAGAAGGGUGUUAUCCUAUUUGUCGACGAGCUUCAUACACUGCUUGGUUUGGGCAAGGCUGAAGGUAGUAUUGAUGCCAGUAACCUGCUGAAGCCAGCCCUUUCCCGGGGCGAGCUCCAGCUAUGCGGCGCGACCACUCUUAAUGAGUAUCGACAAAUCGAGAAAGAUGCGGCAUUGGCUCGACGUUUCCAACCCAUCCUUGUCGGCGAACCCACUGUACAAGAUACUAUCUCUAUUCUGCGGGGAAUCAAGGAGCGCUACGAAGUUCAUCACGGAGUCAGAAUUACCGACCCAGCCUUGGUAGCCGCUGCGACAUACAGCAACCGCUAUAUCACAGACCGCUUUCUGCCCGACAAAGCCAUUGAUUUGGUAGAUGAGGCCGCGAGUGCUCUCCGCCUCCAACAGGAAAGCAAGCCAGACGCAAUUCAAGAGCUUGACCGCCAGAUCAUGACGAUCCAGAUUGAGCUCGAGUCGCUGCGCAAGGAGACCGACAUUACUAGCAAGGAGAGACGCGAACGUCUAGAAGAAACAUUAAAGCAGAAGCAGGCUGACGUAAAAGUGCUUACCGAGAAGUGGGAGAAGGAACGUGCUGAGCUCGAUGCGAUCAAAAAUGUCCAAGAAGAUCUCGAGAAGGCCAAAGUAGAGCUUGAACAAGCUCGUCUCGAUGGCGACUUUGCCAAGGCCGGGCGACUGCAGUACAGUACGAUCCCUGAGCUCAAAAAGACGUUACCAAACGAUGACGAGGUUGCCGGGGGCGGUCGACCCGACUCGCUACUGCACGACUCUGUUACCGCCGACGAUAUCGCCUCAGUGGUCUCUCGGACUACUGGCAUUCCCCUAUCUAAACUCAACGCUGGUGAUAUGGAGAAGCUCGUGCAUAUGGAGGAUACGUUACGCCAGUUUGUCAAGGGACAGGACGAAGCUCUCACAGCUGUAGCCAACGCUAUUCGCAUGCAGAGGGCUGGUUUAUCAGGAGAGAACAGGCCAAUCGCAUCCUUCAUGAUGCUAGGCCCUACUGGUGUGGGCAAGACGGAGGUGUGCAAAAGACUAGCGGAGUAUCUGUUCAGCACCCCUCAAGCCGUACUUCGGUUUGACAUGAGCGAGUUCAGCGAAAAGCAUACCGUAUCUCGUCUCAUUGGUUCCCCUGCUGGAUACGUCGGUUAUGAAGACGCUGGCCAACUUACAGAAGCGGUACGACGGAAGCCUUACGCCGUUCUCUUGUUUGAUGAGUUCGAGAAGGCCCAUAAGGACAUCUCAACGCUGCUCCUCCAGGUGCUUGAUGAAGGCUUUUUGACCGAUGCGCAAGGCCAUAAGAUCGACUUCCGGAACACAAUCAUCGUCAUGACAUCCAAUCUUGGAGCAGAUAUUAUCGUUGGGGACAACGUCGUCGAUUCAUCUGGUAAAGACUCGAGCGAGAUCUCGCCUGAGGUCCGUGAUGCAGUCAUGGCCGUCACACAGUCCCACUACGCACCGGAAUUCAUCAAUCGUCUCGAUGAAUUUAUCAUCUUCCGUCGCCUGUCUCGCGAAGCUUUGCGUGACAUCGUUGAUAUUAGAUUGAAAGAACUUCAGCAGCGACUGGAAGAUCGUAGGAUCGUGCUAGAUUGUUCAGACGAAGUGAAACAAUGGCUCUGCGACCGAGGCUACGAUCCGAGAUUCGGCGCUCGUCCAUUGAACAGACUCAUUGCUAAGGAGGUCGGCAACGGCCUUGCAGACAAGAUCAUCAGAGGAGAGGUCCGAAGCGGUGAUACUGCCACAGUCACUAUUCGCGAGGAUGGGUCUGGCCUUAUCGUGCGAACGGCAUCCUGAAACCGAGACUUUUAUGGCAACACGACUGUAACGCGAUGUUGUUCUGCGCCUUGCUCGUAUAUUAUGUAAAAUCACUGUAUAGUAGGUAGAUAUCUUCUUUGUCAACGAUACCAAUGCAUUGUUGGUUUUUCUCCUGUUGAAUUGUCUUUCAGUAUGGCAUUGUGAAAAAGUGUUGGGUGAUCUUGCUGGUGAAUGGAGGGCGCCCUCACACGUGG